AUUAUAUCAGAUACUUUAUUGUAGUGUCAUUAUACAAUCCCGGGCAAAUUUUUAUAAUAGACAACAUGAAGACCAAACUUCUGAUGACCGUCUUCGGAGCAGCGCAAGCGGUGAUGUAUGCGCGGGUCCCCAACGACACCGCGACGUUCAUCAACAAUUGUUUCUCAGGCUGCAGCGCUGCACGCAGGGCAUUCUUCACGAACAUUGUAUUGUGCUCAUUGUUCUGUCAGAAGAAUGGCGGCGAUAUCUUCAGCUACGAAAAUGGUGAGUGCCUGGCUGCCACGGGCGCCAUGCCUACGAACGUCACUGCCGUUUUCAAGCCUAGGUUCAGCAGGGGCAGCAGGGAGGUGGCGCAGGGCAAACGCGUCUCAGCAGCGACACAAUUUUCGCUGUAUUCUCCAGAAUACUUGCUUGAUGGAGAUAACAACACCUAUUACCACUCCACAAAUGCACCCAACGCCUGGUUCAUGGUGGACCUGGGAGCUUGUUUUCCAGUCAGCAAAGUUCGUCUGCUGCCUAGAGCGGGAAGUGCCUACUACCGAUUCGUAGAUACUCAG